AUGCAUUCAGGGCACCGACAUCAUGCUCCAAUCCCAGGGAGGAAGUACCAGCUAAAGACCAACCUACAGCAGGGAAAGCCAUACAUCAAGGUGCCAGAAAACAUCAUGGACUACGCCUCGUUGCCAAACACACGCGCUCUCGACGUCCUUUCUUCGAUCCCCGCCGACAAGAAGAUUCGUCUCAGCGGUGGUACCACCACCAUCACCACCACCACGGCAGCAGCAGGCACUGCUGUAGCUCAAGCCGUGGCCGAGGCAGCCCCAUCAUCAUCAUCAUCAUCAUCAUCUUCACCAGCCGCUGCAGGAGAACGAUGCUACCUUGACGUACUGCCGGGCGUUGUCCUCAGGGAGAUCGUCUCCUUCACGACCGACAGCUCCCUCAGCGGCGUCUGUAGGACAACUCUGGGAGCCAUCCGCGAGCUGCACUACAAAAUCGACAUGAACAAGGUCUCCUCCGCCCAUUACUUGAAGAGAUCGGAGCUAACAAACCACAUGGGGCUUGAUGCUUCUGGAGCUCUGGCUACUGGCAGGGCUGUCGUCCGAAUCACGAUCACUCACGUGCUCCAUGCCCAGGACCCUGCUCUGGAACAGGCCAUCAGGAGGGUCGUGCAGCAUUCAAUACCCACCCUGCGCGAGAUCGCCAUCCGCCGGUACCCCACAUGGAACGGACGUGCCAGGGUAGGCGCCAUCCUCGGGGAGCUCGUACCCCUCUCUGCCAAGCGCCACCGCGUGGCCCCGCGGCUCGCACGGGUACACCUGGUGGACGGAGCCACGGGCGUCGCGAAGGCCGGCAGGGCGGUGGCGGCCGGUCUGUGGCCGGCCCUGGAGGUGCUCACCUUCUCGCACUGCCGGGCGAACGCGGGCCACUUCCGCGACCUGGCGCGCGGGCUCCGCUCGGGGCUCGCCCCGAGGCUGCGGGUGCUAGGGUGGGACGACCAGUCCAGCGUCAGGGACGUCGCGGUCGAUGACGUCAUCCUCGGCGCGCUGUCCUGGGGGCAGUGCCCACUCGUGGAACGCCUCAGCUUCACGGGAAACCGUUUCUGCCCGGAGCACAGAAUCAGAUACCUGGAGGAGAUGUUGUGGGUCUGCCCUCGCUUGCGAGAGCUGCGCAUGGACUGCAGCCGCACGCCUCACCAUCAGCUGAGGGUCCUGGCGGGCGCCCUGGCAGGAGGGCACGUGCCACGGUUGGAGCGGCUUCUCGUUAGGGCAACGGCGCGCUACUACCGUGACAGCGACGUGGAGCUGCUGGCGCUGAAGCGGGCCGCGGCUUCGAGGAGCCCUCCCGUGGAGCUCGAGUUACAGAUCAAGACGCGACUGAAACAAUAA